AGACGGUCCACCAUCCACGUGACAAUACCCGAGAUCCUCCAAUGCAUUGAGAGAAAAAGUUCAUUUGCAUCGCGACCCCCAGACCGCAGCUGCCGAGCGUGAAGGAGGUGGACGGCGGCCACGACAACACACAAGCCUAGCCCGGUUGCUAAUUGCAGUUCCUACUUCCCGAUCCGCACACCAGGCGGGUUGACGUCCCAUUCUUUUCUCUCAGUUGUGUUUUGGUAGUGUAAACCUCUCCUCCGCCCCUCCUCCUCCACCACCAGCACGAUGGAGGCCAUCGCAGCACGACCCGCCUUCUCCUGCUGCCGCAGCGCCGUUGCUGCCGGCUCAGCGUCUCGUCGGCUGCUCCUCAACACAAGCCCCGCGAGCGCCCGCCAAAAGUCUAGCACAGCCCGGACAAGAAAGGCGCUAAACAUCCCACCGCACCAAUCCUUCCUCAACUUCAACGGCUCAGAUGGUGCGACCCGCCCGACAUCUGACCAGAUCAUCUUCAACCCGCCGUCGUCCGCCCCGUCCGUCUUCCACACGCCGUUCAAGUUCCUGCCCCCGUCCGACCCCCGUCGCCGGGCCAACCUCGCCUCGGAGCUGUUCGCCUCAUCGGCCCACAACAGCCCCUCCAGCUCAUCACAACCAUCAUCAUCAACAUCAGAAGCCGCGGCUACACCGGAGGAGCUCCCGCUUGCGGGUGGGGUCCCGCCCCUCAAGCCGCGGCACCACCUGUCGAAGGAGGAUAUCGAGGAGAUGCGGCGACUGCGGGCGGAGGACCCGGUGAAGAACAGCGUGCUGAACCUCUCGCGGCAGUUCCAGUGCAGCAAGCUGUUUGUGCUGAUGUGCUGCCAGGCGCCCAAGGAGCACCGCGAGAAGAUCCAGUCGCAGCUGGAGCAGGUCAAGAACCGGUGGGGCCCGCGGCGGCGGGCGGCGAGGGAGGAGAGGCAGCGGCGGUUUGCCAUGCUCUUCAGUGGGGAGCUAUAAAACACGGAAAGGGCACGGGGGUGGGAGAAGAAGAAGCAGUGGUGGGUGGCAAUGGUGCCCACUUGUUCUUCUCACACCAGACCACGAUGGCACACCUUCUCAUGUGAGCAAGGGCAGGAUGGCUGCAGCAAAGAGGACGGCACUGUCCACGGGAUUGGGCGGACAUGGGGCCAGCCGCUUUGAACAUCACCGACGACAUACUACUGUUGUCCGGUCUUGUACCUCGGAAAGGGGGGAAUAACCACAGGAAAAGACGCUGCGGAAACUUUGUACGGGAUGUUGGAUGACACGGGAAAUGCCACUGUACGAUCAGGAGCAUAGGCAUAUUAAGAGGCGCUGGGGGGCAUAGACGGAGUUGUAAAAGAGCCGAAAGGGUUGGGCGGCCGGAUUCUCCAGUCUCAAGCCACUGUAUAAUGCACAGAAAUGCACCUUGUAUGUUUCCCAUGCAACGGAGCCGCGCCAUUGGACGAUUG